AUGGGAACCCUGCCCUUGGAUAGCCCGUCCAUUCUCUCUCACUCUCUCUUCGUUGACCCUCCAUCGCUCCCGCCGCCGUCUCUCAUCCGCCGCCCUACCGAAAGAACAGACCACAAGGAAAUCAAGACCCGGAACUUGGAAGAGCCUCCUGGACGCUUGUCUAGAUGGAAACGACGUGGAUCCCCACUAGACUGGAGAUGCAGCAAUACGGGCUGGCACGAAUCAUUAAUGUACGCCACUACAUGCGACGCCGAGAAGGGGAAGAAGGCAGCGCCACGGAAGAGAAAGAGAGGAGAGGACGGAUACCUACUUGGGUACUCGGAGGGCCUGGGUCUGGACAAUCUCGAUACCUACCUCCAAUCCACACUCUCACUUGGGAGGUGUGGUGGGCUCUGCCAGUCUGCCAGAGGCCGUGUGCCUGAGAAGGCAGGGUUUGUCACGUCUCGUUGGUUUUAUUGCAUUGACAGAGUGGCUUGUCUCCUGGCCGCUGUCGCCGCGUUUGGAUGA